UAUUCCACAGUGGUAGCAUAGUGUUGGAAAAUGGCUUGGUGGCGCCUUCUUCUGACUCCCAAAACCUCAAAACCAUCCUCCACAGGCAAAACCCUAAACCCUAAUCAAACUCUCCUCUUCACCUCCCCAUUCUCCACCUCCUUCCUCAUCACCAAAACCCCGAAGAAAUUCAAGAAGCGUCGCAGAAGCCAAGACAGCCCGCGAACCAAGCUGGUCCAGACCCAACCCAACCUCCUCCCCCACCUCGAACGCAUCGUCACUCGCGACGCCCACUUCCGAUUCCUCACCAAAUCCAAAGAAUACCUCUCGAAGCAGCCCCACCGCGUCCUCCGCCUCGACGACGCCGGCAAGCUCCACCGCGAGCUCGGCUUCCCCCGCGGCCGGAAGGUCUCCAAGUCCCUCCAGCGCCACCCCUUGAUCUUCGAAACGUACCGGCACGACGACAAUAAGCUGUGGAUUGGAUUCACGGAGCUCAUGGAAGGUUUGAUGGAAGAGGAGGUGGCGUUGAUGGAGGCGAUGGAAGGGGACAGAGUCAACAAGGUGAGGAAGUUACUGAUGAUGUCAGCGAAUAAGCGGAUUCCGUUGAGCAAGAUUUAUCACUGCAGGUUGUUGUUUGGGAUUCCUGAAGAUUUUCGGGACCGGGUGGCGAAGUAUCCUGAUUAUUUCAGGGUUGUGGUUGAGGGUGAUGGGAAGAGAGUGCUGGAAUUGGUGAAAUGGGAUCCUUUGUUAGCAGUUAGUAGUUUAGAGAGGGAGUUUGUGGUGGAUGAGGAUAAGGUUAAGAGGGCUUUCAGGUUUCCUGUGAAGCAUGGGAAAGAUUUGGGUUUGGAUGAUGAGGAUUCGAGGAAGUUGAACUUGUUGAAUUCGCUUCCUUUGGUUUCGCCUUAUUCAGACGGGUCGAGAUUGGACCUGUGGACAUUGGAAGCUGAGAAGUAUAGGGUGGGAAUUUUGCAUGAAUUUUUGAGCUUGACAUUGGAGAAGAGGGCUUCCAUACACCACAUUGUGGAGUUCAAGGAGGAGUUUAGUUUGACUAAGCACACUUACCAGAUGCUGUUUAAGCAGCCCAGGACGUUUUAUCUUGCCGGGACUGAGAUGAACUGGGUUGUUUUCUUGAAAGAUGCAUAUGACCAGAAUGGGGUUUUGAUUGAGAAGGAUCCCCAAGUGGAGUUCAAUGAGAAGCUGUAUAAGUAUGCUGAAAUGCAGGAAAUGGAACCGGGUUAUGAUUCAUCUCAGCAACUGAUAAGAGGGAAUACACAAUGCGAGUGAUUGUCUCGAAUUCCAGGAACCUUGUUGGAGCUCCAAUUUUCAUGUUUUAUUUCUGGUGGAGUAGCACUCUGGAGGAACCUUAAAGGUACAAGAAAAUUGGUUGAUCAGAGGUGGGAACUAUCUUGCACAUAAAACGUGGCAAUGGUAGUUUUGGAGCACAUCUCUUUUCCAAACAGCUCCUAACUAUGUGCAUUGCAAACUAUGAGGUCUUAGGAAGCCAAGUUCAGCUAAAUUUUAGAAGGGAUCUUCCUGCGGUGCUCGGUUCUUUCACUUCAAAACAGUUGCCAUAUCUAUCUGUCUCUUUUGAUAUGUUGCAUUCUGCAAGAUUUGGCCUUGAUUGGGAGCAACGAGAUGAUGGUGUGUAAAAAAAACUGUACCUUAGAGCUUCAAGUUGCGACAGGAGUUUUCAUGUCUUUCCUUUAAGUGGUGCAAGAAUGAACGAUGAUGAGAUGAUCAUAUAUGGAAGGAUCAACCCGGAAGCAUGAGCACCAGGGCUUACUGAUAUACUAAGGAACACAGAUUUACUAAAAACAGAGCUUUUCGAUCUUCCUCCCACUUUCAAGUAAAUCCAUUUUCUUUUGUAGGUUUCAUGUACUUUAAUAAUACAAUGAAAUUUAGCUCCAAAGUGAUCUUUUAAGCUUGGAGCCUUGUAGAGUAUCUUAAUGAACGUAGUAAUUUGAUAUGACCUCAUCAGGCUUAGGUUUUGGCUUAUAGAUUCAUGGUCAAUAUUCCUAAAGGUCGAAAGUUAAAACUUCACAAACUAUUUUGUCGUUCUGGGUCAGACAUCGCAUAAAGAUGAUAUCGUUGGAAGAUAAGGCUAGAGAUUUUACUGUUGUUUCCGAGCAUUAUAUUGUUCCUUCCAUGUCUUUCCACGUCAAAGGAUCUCCCUUUUAAGGGACAUAAUUGAUGUGGCUGGUCAUCUGCUGCUUAUAAUUUAGCCUGAUCUGGCUCUCACUCAUUUGUCAAGCUCUUGCUCUUUCACCGUUUAAUACUAGAAUUAUGACAGACUUCUACAAAAUCUUAUGUACUUGAGGUCCAAAGUUAUGUGGCCUUGGGAGUAGUGAAAUUCUUCUAUACAA